AACAAGGUCACACUUAUUCCGCGAGCACAUUUUGUAAACAUUGAAAUCCAUAAAUAUGCACAAGCGAAGAACUGCCAAGUCAAUAAAUAAACCACCACCGAUCCAAGGACCAGUGAAGAAACCCGUGCCAGUAGCGGAACCUCCGAUCGACGAGGACCUAGUCACUCAAUUUGAAGUGGAGCUCUGCUGGUGUGUGCAGCAACUGCAGAUUGCCCUCGACAGCGGAAAACUAAGCCAGAAAGUGGCCGAGGAUACCGCCAAGAAUUUGAAGAUCCUGACCAGCACAACAGCCCCGCUCAUUAGGAAGCGCCAAGUGAUGAAACUAUCCAUGGGCGACUACCGAUCGAAAAUGCAAGAGGAGGAACGCAAAAUGGUGCUGGCCUCCAAGCAAAUUAAGUUUACACCUACCACUGACACAACCAGGAAGUCUAGCUUCGUAAAAAAGUCCGCGCUUCUGACUUCUGGAAAGGAUUUCCGCUUCGACUUUGCUUUGCCCUCGGAAGACACUAAUAAAAAGGAGUCUCAUCCGGAAACAAACUUUAAAUUCAGCAGUCUUCAGCAGGACAAUUCCGGAAGCCCUUUUAAGUUCAACUUUUCCAUCGAAGAGGAUUCGGCCAAUAAUAUCAACUUCAAAGGCUUGAAUUUAAAUAAUUAGUUUAUAAUAAGAACGGCUGAAAAGAACCGGAUAAUGUUUUUUUUAUAUCCAAAUAAAAGGCUAAUACAAAAAUGUUCAAUACUUAA